UUCAGGAUGUUGUAUAAAGGAUUAAUAACAAAGUUAAAAAACGAAUUUCUGUAUGUGUGGUCGAAGAGUUUUGGAGGGGAGGCUGUUCUGGACAAAAGAAUGGUACCUACAAAUAGAUCGAUGCCAUCAGUUGGUGAUUGGAUUGUCUUCAGCAUUAAAGACGACAGCAAUUUUGUUGAUGACUUUAUCGAUAUUCCGGAUUUACUGUCGACCAAGCUGAAUGGACACGGAGAUGUCGUGGUUAAAACACGAAUCUCAUUUCGUUCCAGCGAUAUCUCCGGUUGUAAUUUGUUAGCUCAUUCAAAUGAUUUAGGAGUUGUUGGAAUAUUCCAAAAUUUCCCGAAUUUGAAUGAAAGCUAUGAUUAUGAAGUGUGGGUUGAAAGAAUCCCGCAAGCGUUUUCAAAUCUUGAACGCUUAUACAAAACAUCCUGGUAUAUUAGCGAGGGAUUUCCUGAGCAAAUAGUGGGAACAUCUUUGGAGCGAUAUUCAUCAGUACGUAGUCUUCCAUCAGAACAUAGCUCAUCGAUGGAAUUACCGAACGGUAUAUUUGGGGGUAGUUGUUCUGAUAUUGCUACACAUACUACUAAAAGUUCAUUUAGUAGCGGUGAUAUUGAUUCCGAUGAGCUAAAAGAAUAUAAUCAGUUACGGGGACAAAGCUUUUCGAAGCAAUCAUAUUUUACUGAGCAACAAUUUCUUUAUUCUCAGCCAUGUGCUUCAACGGAAGGAACACAGGGAGAAAAGAUGAAGAAAAGUAAAGCAGUUGUUGGUUUGGUAACAUCCUCCCUUAAUGGAGCGGCUUUUAUUUGGUCAUCAGCACUCGGUAGAGGAAUGCUUUCGUUGUGUUUUGGUGAGCAGAUACGACAUGGUGAAUGGAUUAAAUUCAUACCCUCCUCUCUGAGUGAUAUAUAUUUGCAAGGACACAAUGAAUUAGGAAGAUGUAAGUACAUUGCAAAAGACUGGUGCAUUGUCAAUCCGGUUUAUCCUACACGAUCCUACAGAACUAUUGUUUCGGUAACUGUCCCAAUUGUUGCAAUACGUUGAUUCAUAACAAAAGACUUACGCUAUCCAACCGCUAUUCUCCAGAAUAAUUCGAAUUCAUCUUCUGCCGUUUCUUAAUGGUACAAGUGAGGCUUUUUAUACCAGAAAGUUAUCGAUAUGGUUCAUCAAAUUUGUGGGUUGAAUUUUUCGGCACAGUUCAUGAUUCGUUGGGACGGAUUGCCGAAUUUGGCCCUUUAAAUAACAUUUUAGGACGAUGCCUUCUGGUUCGAAUAAUGGAAAUGAAGAGUGCUUGUGGCACUAGCAGUAAUUGGAUCGUACACAAAGUUUUAAGACUUCUUGAAAAUGAGGAGUCAGUGCCUAAGCUAAAAUCUCGAUCAUUCGCUGCUGAUGCAUUAAGAUAUAUGUAUGAAGAUUUACGCAUCCAUAAUGCAAUGAAAAAAGUAGACUGGGAUCUCGUUGAACAGUUGAGAGAAACGCAUCUUCUUUCAGAUGAUAUUUUGGAACAUCGAUGUUAAGGGAGCAUCAUUUACUCAUCUUUAAUUUUUGGCUUAUUAUCUAAGCACCUAAAUAUUUACCUUAAGAAAUGCAUUUUUUUCUUGGAAUUCAGAUUAACACUCAUUACUCAAAAAACAUGCAUGUUUGUUAGCACUUCAUUAUCCGA